AUGGCGAUGUAUGUUCUCUACGAAUCAUCCUCCGGCUACGCCUUGUUCGAUGUGCAUGGCCUCGGUGAGAUUGGUCAGAACACUGACGCUGUUCAAAGCUCAGUUUCUGACUUUAGUAGGUUUGGUCAGAUCGUUAAGCUAACUGCUUUUCACCCUUGGCAAACUGCCCUCGAUGCUCAAAACCAAGUCAACGCCAUAUCUGAAGGGUUUAUGAGUGACGAGCUUAGAAGUUUUCUUGAUUUAAAUCUCCCUAAAGUUAAAGAAGGAGAAGAGCCUAAGUUUAGCUUAGGAGUCUCUGACCCAAAACUCGGUUCUUGCAUAUCUGAGGCAACUAAGAUUCAUUGUCAGAGCAAUGAGUUUGUUCACGAGCUUCUUAGAGGUGUUCGUCAGCACUUUGAUAGUUUCAUCAAUGACUUCAAGCCUAAUGGUCUUGAAAAAGCUCAACAUGGAUUAGCUCAAAGCUACAGUAAAGCAAAGGUCAAGUCCAAUGAUAGCCUUGAAGAUCAUAUGGUUAUUCACAGUAUUGGCUUGCUUGAUACAGUUGAUAAAAAAAUCAACACCUUUGGUAUGAGCACAAGAGAAUGGUACUCAUGGCACUUCCCUGAGCUUGUGAAUAUAGUUGAUGACAAUUACAUGUAUGCUCAAGUUUCGAAUAUUAUAGAGGACAAAUCAAAGCUGUCUGAAGAGCAUGUUCCUAUGCUUACUAAAGUCCUUGGUGAUGAAGAUAAAGCAAGAGAGGUCGUCAAGGCUGGACAAAUAUCUAUGGGCCAGGGCUUAGGACCGGUUGAUUUGAUCAAUGUCCAGACCUUUGCUCAGAAACUUAUAGAACUAAUGGAUUACAGAAAGCAGCUAUAUGACUAUCUUGUUGUUAAAAUGAACAACAUUGCUCCAAACUUGGCUGCAUUGAUUGGUGUGAUAUUUGCAGCCAGGUUGAUUUCACAUGCAGGAAGUUUAAGAAAUCUUGCAAUGUACCCAUCUUCAACACUCCAGAUUCUUGGAGCCGAUAAGGCACUUUUAAGGGCGUUGAGAACAGGUGGAAACGGACCAAAGCAUGGUUUGAUAUUCGACUCUUCAUUCAUUAGCCGAGCAUCUGCUAAAAACAAGGGCCGUAUUGCUCGUUAUCUAGCUAACAAGUGUUCUAUUGCUGCCAGGGUUGACUAUUUUGGUGAUAGUAGCGGUUCAGAUUUUGGUGAGAAACUCCGUGAAGAAGUAGAGGAAAGGCUAGAGUCUUAUGUAAUACUGGAAGAGGUUUUGGAUGGUUUUGAGGAGAAUGAUGAAGAGAUAGUUGAUACCUCUGAAGAGGAAAUAGACGAAGAAUAA